GCGAGCUGCGCUGCUGUGCCUCGCGCUGCUGUGCCUCGCGCUCUCUGUCUUUGUGUGUGUGUGUGUGUGUGCUCGUGCGCGCGCUCAUAGGCUCACAUCUCGGUCCCGUGCCCUCGUGCUCCCCCGUGCUCCCGUGGUGCUCUCGUGCUCCCGUGGUGCUCUCGUGCUCCCGUGCUCUCGUGCUCCCGUGCGCUCGUGCUCCCGUGGUGCUCCCGGUUCGGAUGUAGCGGCGGCGGAGGCAGCGCUAUGGAGGACUGCUGCUCCGCGGAAAGCGAGCGGGUGGAAGCGUGGCUGGACGACCACCUGGACUUCACCCACUCCUACUUCAUCCGGAAAGCCUCAAGGGAGAUGGUGAAUGCCUGGUUCGCCGAGCGCGUCCACAACAUCCAGCACCCCUCUUCUACUUCUGUCAAAGACUCUCCGCCUCAGCAGCGCCUCCACCAGCCCUCCCCGGACACCACCGCCUGCCCCACCAUCCUCCCGCCCGCCCUCACGCUCCUCGACAACCGCUGCCCGUCCCCCGCCACCACCGCCCCGAGCCCCGCCCCCGGCACGCCCACCCGCAAGAUCUCCGCCUCCGAGUUCGACCGGCCCCUCAGACCCAUCGUGGUCAAGGACUCGGAGGGGGCCUUCACGUUCCUGAGCGACGCCGAGAGGGAGACGACGAGGGGGCCGGCGAUGGGCGAGGGCGGAGGAGGGGGAGGAGGAGGAGGGGGGGUAGGAGGGGGAAGUGCGCUCGGGGGCGAGGGGGACCGGUGCGCACGGCUGCUGGAGCUGGUCAAAGAGGUUUCCAGCCAUCUGGACGUGACAGCUCUCUGCCACAAGAUCUUCCUCCACAUCAACGAGCUGAUCGCCGCUGACCGCUACUCCCUGUUCCUGGUGGGUGAGGACAGCUCUAACACUAAAUUCCUGGUGAGUCGGCUCUUUGACGUGGCCGAGGGCUCGACGCUGGAGGAGUCGUCCAGCAGCUGCAUCAGGCUGGAGUGGAACAAGGGCAUUGUGGGACAUGUGGCCGCCACGGGACAACCACUCAAUAUCAAGAACGCUUAUGAGGAUCCCAGGUUUAACGCCGAAGUGGACCUCAUCACAGGCUACAAAACCCAGAGCAUCCUGUGUCUGCCGAUCAAGAACCACAGAGAUGAGGUGGUCGGUGUAGCCCAGGCCAUCAAUAAGAAGUGUGGGGAGGACGGUGCGUUUACUGAACAGGACGAAAAGGACUUCUCGGCGUACUUGGCCUUUUCAGGGAUCGUCCUCCACAACGCUCAGCUCUACGAAACGUCACAGCUCGAAAACCGACGCAACCAGGUGUUACUUGACCUGGCCAGCCUGAUCUUCGAGGAGCAGCAGUGUCUGGAGGUGUUACUGAGGAAGAUCGCAGGGACCAUCAUGUCCUUCAUGCAGGCCCAGGCGUGCACGGUCUUCAUCGCCGACGAAGACUCUCUGAACUCCUUCUCCAGCGUCUUUCACAUGGAGUACGAGGAGCUGGUGGAUGUAAUGGACGUGCCAAAGAGGGACUGUGACGUGAACCAGAUAAACUACAUGUACGCCCAGUGCUGCAAGAACACCGCACAGCCACUCAACAUCAGCGACGUGACCAAGGACCAGCGCUUCCCCUGGACUAGUGAAAACCCAGACCACAGUAACAUCAAGAGUCUGCUCUGCACGCCCAUCUGGAACGGCAAAAAAGACAAAGUUAUAGGUGUGUGUCAGCUGGUGAACAAGAUGGACGAGGCCUCGGGGAGCGUCAGGGCCUUCAACAGAAACGACGAGCAGUUCCUGGAAGCCUUCGCCAUCUUCUGCGGCCUCGGGAUUCAGAACACGCAGAUGUACGAGACGGUGGAGCGGGCCAUGGCCAAGCAGGAGGUCACUCUGGAGGUCCUCUCAUAUCACGCCUCCGCAUCCGAGGAGGAGACACGGGAACUGCAGGUAACCGCGGUAGCCACAAUCCCGUCGGCCCAGUCCUUAAAGCUCCUGGACUUCAGCUUCAGUGACUUUGACCUGUCCGACACAGAGACCACGCUCGGGGCCAUCCGCAUGUUUGUCGACCUCAACCUGGUCCAGAACUUCCAGAUGAAGUACACGAACUUGUGCCAGUGGAUCCUGAGCGUGAAGAAGAACUACAGGAAGAACGUGGCCUACCACAACUGGAGACACGCCUUCAACACGGCACAGUGCAUGUUCGCCCUCCUCAAGUCGGGACGCCUCCAGAGCAACCUGAGCGACCUGGAGAUCCUCGCGCUGAUGAUCGCCACUCUGAGCCACGACCUGGAUCACCGAGGGGUCAACAACUCGUACAUCCAGAGGAGUGAACAUCCUCUGGCUCUGCUCUACUGCCACUCCACCAUGGAGCACCACCACUUCGACCAGUGCCUCAUGAUCCUCAACAGCCCCGGGAACCAGAUCCUGAGCGGGCUCUCCCUGGACGAGUACAAGGCCACUCUGAAGAUGAUCGAGAGGGCUAUUCUGGCCACGGACCUGGCGCUCUACAUGAAGAGACGAGGGGAGUUUUUCGAGCUGACCAAGAACAGUCAGUUUGUGUGGGAGGACGAGCAGCACCGCGAGCUGCUCAGGUCGAUGCUGAUGACAGCGUGUGACAUCUCAGCCAUCACCAAACCCUGGCCUGUGCAGAAACGGAUCGCAGAGCUCGUGGCCACAGAGUUCUUUGAGCAGGGAGAUAAGGAGCGAGAGGAACUGAAGAUCGAGCCCAGCGACCUUAUGAAUCGUGAGAAGAGAGACAAAAUUCCCAGCAUGCAGGUGUCUUUUAUUGACGCCAUCUGCACUCAGUUAUAUGAGACGUUGGUUGGCAUGUCGGAGCACUGCAGCCCCCUGCUGGAGGGCUGCCAGAGGAACAGGCAGCACUGGAAGCAUUUAGCCGAGGAGUGCGAGAAGGGCCUGGUGAACGGGCUGGUGUGAGCCGCGGACGCACCCACCAGUCCACUGUUUAAUCUGAAUGAAUGUCAGGAGGGAGGCAUGGUGUGUGGAACAGCCGGGCUCCAGUGUCACAAGCACCACUGUCAGUCUGGAGGUUUUUACUGUGCUCAGUCUGGCAAAUGGUUAGCAGUAGGACAUUUUUCUACAACUCUUUACGGUGUUUCAAUUUCAUUUUCACUUAGUCUUUUCGUCUGUGCCAGUGUCAGAGGUUUGUAGUCCUCAGUUACUCAGCAAGACUUCAAAGAGUAACAUUACUUCAAAAUCAUUUUAGUAGAAGUAGAAGUACAAAGUAGUGGUUCAACAAAUUAUUAAUGAAGUAAAGUAAGAGUAAAAAAGUGUUUUUGAAACCUGAUACUCAGAUCGGAGUAACUAAAGUCAUUUGAUGGACAAGAUAUUUUCCGGACUAUAAGUCGCACCAGCCAAAAAGUGUGUAAUGAAGAAAAGUCACACUGGACUAUAAGUCGCACUUUUUGGGGGCAAGUUAUAGUAAUAACAAUAUAACAGAGAACAACAGACUGUUAAUGUCACAUAUGAACAGUUCUUCAGAUAAAUAUAACAUAAACAACAGAACAGAACAAGUUUAUCAAACUCUUCGUCUCACUCCAAAUCACUAAAUCCAUUGAAUUCUUCAUCCUCGGUGUCACAACUCUGUGAAAUCUGGAGGUAAACAGGGCGUCACUUCCUCUUCUGUGUAGCUGUCGUCAGACUCAGCAUCAGUUCCAGUUAGAAUUAUUCCGGCCUUUCUGAAUCCCCACAAGAUGGUUUUGGUUGUCACUGAAGUCCAGGCUUUGUCCAUCCAUCCAGUGACUUCCAGGAAAGUUGCACAGUGCACCCUCCUGGUGUCACAAGUUUCUCGCUCACUCCAAACUUUGUUUCUGCUGCUCGAUUAUCUCUGUCAGCUGCAGAUUUCACUACUUGCAGCUUGUAAUCUGCAAAAUAUGAUUUUCUUUUUGUGGGCAUUUCUGUUCAGUCUUCUCAGACGUCUUUAUAAGUUUGUUUCAAUUUUCAAUUUUCGGUGGUGCAGAAGUAAUGAUGCGAUUGACUGACAUGAUACAGACAGAAGAGAGGCUCUUUCUGCAGGAGACAUGUGCAGUAGAGCCAAGUGACAGUGGUACAGGAGUAACAGGAGCAGCAGAUACUGACACACAAGACUAGAGCCUCUCACGGCUUCAGUGUGAACAUAUUAAUAUAUAAAUCACAGGAGCACAAAACCAUGAAAAAGUGUGACUUAUAGUCUGAAAAAUAAGAUAAUGAACAAAAUCUGGUGUUUUCAAACAAUAGCUUACUUGAGUCUUGAAACGUUUUAAAGAAAUUGUACUUUUCUAUCAUCGUAUUUUUACUCCUGUUUGAGAAAUAUUUUAUUGAAGUAACAGUACUCUCACAGCUAGAGUGACUGAGUGGCAAAUAAUAAUGUUUAAAUUUGAUUCAUUUUUAUAUUUGUAUUGAAACUGUCGCUCCCGGCGCUCGUCCCUCACACCAUGCUCCCGUCUCCAGCCCCGCCCAUGGUCACCGUUGUUUGUAUAAUUGUCACUUUUUCAGAGACAAUAACCAAGUCAGCACUAAGCUAUAUUUAUUAUCAGAGCGAUGUUUUAUUUUUGCACCGAGUGGCUUUAUCGUAAGCUUUCUCACACAGGAAGUGAUGUCAGCAGCGCCCUAUUUACUCUACGUUUCACACUAACAGCUUCAUGUCACAGCGCACACUACUGGGGUGGAGUCUUUUGUAUGUUCACUCAUUGUCUUAACUAUUGCAUAUUUAUUUGGUUUGAUCUAUUUAUUAUUAGUUUGUAUCUUCUCUUGUGGAGAGCACACAGUUCUUAGGACAAGCUGGUUCCCUCUGUAUUUAAAGGUGAAGAAACGUUGAACAACUCUUGAAAUGUACUGUACGUUUUUGUCUUGUAAAAGAGCCAAAGACUAGGCCUGUGCUUUCACUAAUGGGUCUAGCUUUUUCCACUGCCUUGUUGUGAUAAAAAGGACCAAUAUAUUCAAUUAA